AAUGCAGCCCAAUAUAAAAAGAAAUAUUAAUGUGGUGACACAAUUUAAACAAAUAAGCCAGUAAAAAAAUACGUAAAGAAGUAAAUUAAUAAAUUUAUAGGAGUAUAAAUUAACUCAUAAUUAGGCAAAUAAAUAUAUACGUAAAUAGGCAAACAGUUAAAAUAAAGGUAACUUAAUAAACAAAUAAGCAAUAAACACAUAAAGGAAAAUGGGAAAUACUGAAAGCAAUGUUACUAGUGGAGUUAAAAAGCAAGCUGGAGCUUCUAUGCAAGCUAUUUAUAAACUAUGUGACUUAAAAGGCGGUGGAUUGCUUGUUGAGUUGAUGAAAAGAGCAACACAAAAUAAGCAAUUCGCUGAAAUAGAUCAUGCUAUUAAAACAAAGGUUGAACCAUUUUUAUAUAACAGAGGAAAGGGAAAAUAUAUUCCAAUAUCGCAACUUGUCUUACUUCGAAAUAAAGAAAGGCCCCGACACAAACUGCUACCGCCUUUAAAGGCGAUGGAAAAUCCAGAUGAUUUUGAAAUUGAUGAAAACGCACCUGAUGUAACUGAGGAAGAAUAUCAAAAAAAUCCCUCAGCUUAUAGACAUACCUGUUGGAAGUUGAAGGAAAGGGGAGCUGUAGGUGAAACAAUUUUGCAUCUAUGUUUACUUAAUGCAACUUCUCUUCAUGCUGAUAUUGCAAAGAGACUGCUCAAGUUUUAUCCCAAAUUGAUAAAUGACAUUUAUAUGAGUGACGAAUAUUAUGGAGAAAAUGUUUUACAUAUUGCAAUUGUAAACGAAGAUCCGGCGAUGGUGAAAUUUCUGUUAGAAUCGGGAGCAAACUAUCAAGAGCGAUGUAUUGGUAGUUUUAUGUCUCCAGAAGAUCAAAAAUCUUCUAGAACUGACUCUCUAGAUCACGAAUGGGUCAAUGUGAAUCCAAUGACAAAUUAUAAGGGUUAUGUGUAUUGGGGAGAAUACCCCUUAACUUUCGCUGCUUGUCUUGGAUUAGAAGAAUGUUUUCGUUUAAUACUGGCGAAAGGAGCAAAUCCUGAUGCUCAAGAUACCAAUGGAAAUACAUGUUUGCAUUUGCUUGUAAUUUACAAUAAAAUGGAAAUGUUUGACAACGCUUACGAAGUAGGAGCAAGACUUAGCAUAAGAAAUGUCUUACAUCUGACGCCAUUGACACUGGCAGCAAAAAUUGCCCAAGUAGAGAUGUUUUUUCAUAUACUUAAUUUAGAAAGAGAAAUUUAUUGGCAGAUAGGAAGCAUUACAUGUGCUGCAUAUCCCUUGGGAGAAAUCGAUACCAUUGACAUUAAAACAGGACAAAUUAUCAAAACGUCCGUUUUGAAUUUAGUCGUGUUUGGGGAUAAAGAUGAACAUUUGGAACUAAUGGACGGUGUUGUUAUAGAUUUGUUAAACGCCAAAUGGAAUACGUUUGUCAAAAACAAAUUUUAUCGUCAAUUUUUUACGUUCUUAUUCUAUUUUUUGGUUUCACUGGUUUGUUUUACGUUAAGACCUGGUCCUGAUAUAUCAGAAAGCGCAGAAACUACUACUUUACCAAACAAUUCCACAAACUUAUUGGAUCAUACAAAUAACGUGUUAAAUACUUCCACCAAUGGAACUUAUAACCCAACGUUAAUUUUCAAUUCAACUUUUUAUCCUUUAAAUGGAUCUGAUUACAGUUUGUCUGACGAUGGAUGGCCUUUAUCGGACACAGAAAAUGUUGAGGAUAGUUGGAAUAUUAGUACUAACUUUACUGAUAUUAUAAAGUCAUUUACUACGACAAAUAAUUUAUCCCAAUUAGCAAAUUUUACCCCUAAAUCAGAGAGAAUAACUAUAAUUCCUCCACCAAAGUUAAAUCUCUCAAAUAUCAAUUACACGAAACCCGAAAUGAAACAAUUGAAACAGUUAAAAAUGUGGUGGUCAACUAUUACUGAAGAAUGCCGCUUAAUGAACACCGAUACGUUGGAGUCUCAAAUAAGAUUAAUUGCCGAAGCUGUGAUGCUUUUUUCGGCGUUUCUCUAUUUGGUCGCAGCAAUAAGAGAAGCUCGAUUUUUAGGAGGGAGAAUGUUCUUUGAAAAUUUGAUGACUGCACCUUCAAGAGUAAUGUUUUUGUUUUCGUGCAUUCUUAUGCAAAUUAUUCUACCCCUGCGGCUUUCAUGUCAAGAUGAGGCAGAAGAUGUGGUUGCAGUUGUGAUUAUGUUAACUACAGCCCCGUACUUCUUAUUCUUUUGCAGAGGUUUUAAAACAGUUGGACCUUUCGUUGUAAUGAUUUACAGGAUGGUAAUGGGUGACCUUUUACGAUUUGCAACUAUUUAUAUGGUGUUUGUUAUGGGGUUUUCACAAGCUUUCUAUAUAAUAUUUUUAUCGUACGAUAAUCCUUUAACACCUGAUGAAGUCGACGAUUCUGCGUCAAAUCCUAUGUCAAGUCCUGCGGAGUCGGUUAUGGCGAUGUUUUUAAUGUCUAUGACCAACUUUGGAGAUUAUUAUACAGCUUUUGAAAAAACCCAACACGAAUACGUUGCAAAAUUGUUAUUCGUUAUGUAUAUGGCGAUUGUGGCGAUACUGCUUAUCAAUAUGUUGAUUGCUAUGAUGGGUAAUACCUACCAAAAAAUAGCCGAAACUAGAAACGAAUGGCAACGUCAGUGGGCAAGAAUAGUUCUUGUUGUUGAAAGAGGUGUAAGUCCUGCUGAACGACUUAAACAGCUCAUGGUAUACUCUCAGCCUAUGUCAGACGGAAAGAGAGCUUUAGUUCUUAGAUUGAAUCAAAGCGACGAUCAAAAGGAGGAAAUGAAGGAAAUUUUAGAGACUAAACGGAGGCACGAAAGACACGUGAAACUUCGUCAAGAGAAGCUAGCAAAUGAAGCUAAAAAAAAGGAACAAAAUAAGCAAUUUUAACGACCUGAGUUUUUACAGUAAUCACAAAGACAGGCGAUAUGUUUUAUGAUAAGAUUGUAUACGAGAGUGCAAACAAAGCCAUAAAUACGUACAAAUUU